AUGCACUCCCCAUCAUACGACCCCUCCACAUCUACGACCCCCUCAUUCCAAGAGGUCUCAUCCACCUUCGAUUCGGCGGACAAUACAGUCCCCGUGGCAAACGGUCAAAUGAAUGCCACUCACCAGAGAGACGUUGGUUUCUCUCCGCGUCAACUGAGUCAUGGUAACAGCAGCUCGUCGUCUUCGGCUGCUGCAACCCCGGCCAGCACCAGUGAGUCGUUGUCGACCCCACCCACAUCUGUGGAUGGGCAAUCGCCGCCGGAUUCUACGUACGAGGAACGUCAAGACGCAGUCGAGUAUGGGGCUGAAGGUCCAGGCAGGGGCGCAAACGCGAGGCAGAGGUCCAAGCAGAAAGCUCCUUCCACUCCAGCGACAGACGGAUCGAAUAAGAGGAAGAGGAAGAACGGUGCGAAGAAACCUUUGAAGAAACGGCUGACGAGCACAGGUUUCUACGAACACGUUCAUGCAGAGAAUGUCACGCAGACCGCGCCUGGCAAAUACAAGAAGCCAAAGGUGACUCGCGUUGACGGCAGUCUGGACCCUGGCAUGUCCUCCGGAGGACAUGCGUUCAUCCCUCCGCAUCCGUCAGCUAUCGCUGCUGGUCCUGUGGUUGCUGCCACCUCCCAAGCGGCUGGGCGUCAACCAAGCGCCACGAAGAUCAAGCGGCAGCAGACGCGUCGUGACGCUGCGAGCCCGUAUGGGCUACCGUCCAAUGCACAGGGAAAGAAGAAGUCGAGAGCUCCGUAUUCUCAACUGCCGCCUGCCCAGUUCCCUACAACCGUUCCAUCUCAUCCAGCACCGUAUCUGAAUGAGGCAUACGAAACAUGCACGGAGUUCGACGCCCAUACUCAACCAAACGCUGACUUGGUUCAACAGUUCCAGGGGCCUGCAGUUGGGCCGUCAUCCCUCGGGGUGACGGAUUUCAGCCAGCACCAGGAAUCUUUUCCUGCCAUUCGUGGGCUCGAUUCUCGACUGUACGAGGCCGAAGUCACCGCCGCUCCAUUCACGCUCCAGCCAAGUCUUGACAUGCUUGCGGGCGUGCACCAAUCAAGCCCGUACAAUGACAAUCCAGGGCAGUACCAGCCACCAUUGACCCAGCCCGACACUACCCACCAUCACUACCACUACGCGCAAACCGUCUCCGGCCCCCAGGUAUCACCUGUGAUAGUAAACUACGGCCCCCAGAGAGUAUUGAGCUAUCGUCAAACCCUACCCCAAGGAUACGAACAACAAAUGGCCUUCGGCGGUCGAACCUUCUUUCAGCAAGGUUCAUUGCACGCCAACCAGGGGCCUCAGGCCCAUGUGGCGUUCCCUUCUGACUACUACCCGACACCUCCGGGGGCGUACUACGCUCAUAAUCCUUACCAUGUCCCUGUCACAGAGUGGGAGGGGUACUGUACUGAUCAGGCUAGUGCAGCUGGAUCCCCACCAUAUGACACAUGGGCAGCGCAACACGGCGCACAACACCCCCGAUUCCCGUGA